UAAAAAAUAAACGUCUCCACUGCCAUCUUACUUUCCUUUUCUUCUUCUUCUCUCUUACUUCUUUCCGUUCUUUUCUUUCUGUGUCUGUUUGACACUUUUAAUUAAUAUUUUAUUAUAAAACUUCAUCACUUCCUAUGGAGAAGGUAUAAGCUUCCCACCAAGUCUCACUUCAUUGAUUUGGGGUGUCCAAGAAACUUUUUUUGUCCUUGGCAGAUACCGAAAGACGAAGUUUCGGUCAGAGUUUUCCUUCUUGUUGCUUUCUGUUACUGUGCAUUCCAUCUCUCGCGCAAGUAUGUUUCUUUUUGAACUUAAACAUUUCGUUUCCACGUUCUUUUAGCAAAUUCGUAGGAAAUAAAACUCCUUGUUUAUUUCAAGCAGAUAUCUGCACAUGGCUACACUAGGUGAUAUAGGAGUAGCAGCAGCUAUCAAUAUACUCAGUGCAUUUGUUUUCUUCUUGGCAUUUGCGAUACUGCGGAUUCAACCUGUCAAUGACAGGGUCUACUUCCCUAAGUGGUAUAUUAAGGGUUUAAGGAGCAGUCCUUUGGGCACAGGAGCAUUUGUUGGCAAGAUAGUGAAUUUGGAUUUUAGAUCAUAUGUAAGGUUUCUGAACUGGAUGCCUGCGGCAUUGCAAAUGCCAGAACCUGAGCUAAUUGACCAUGCAGGAUUAGACUCUGCUGUCUACUUGAGGAUUUACUUGAUCGGGCUCAAAAUUUUUGUUCCUAUUGCAUUCCUAGCAUUUACCAUCCUAGUGCCAGUUAAUUGGACCAAUAACACCUUAAAGCUUUCUAAUUUGACUUACAGUGAUUUGGAUAAGCUCUCUAUAUCAAAUAUCCCAAUGGGAUCAACCAGAUUUUGGACCCAUUUGGUAAUGGCAUAUGCCUUUACCUUCUGGACAUGCUACGUGUUAAAAAAGGAGUAUGAGAUAGUAGCUUCAAUGAGGUUGCAUUUUCUAGCAUCAGAACAUCGACGCCCUGAUCAGUUUACUGUACUGGUUAGAAAUGUGCCGCCAGAUCCUGAUGAAUCAGUCAGUGAGCUUGUAGAACAUUUUUUUCUGGUCAACCAUCCAGAUCACUAUCUCACUCAUCAGGUAGUUUACAAUGCUAACAAACUCUCUGAGUUAGUCCAUAAGAAGAAGAAGAUGCGAAAUUGGCUUGAUUACUAUCAGCUCAAAUAUUCAAGAAAUCAAUCUAAAAAGCCCUCAUUGAAGACUGGUUUUCUUGCCCUUUGGGGGACGAGGGUGGAUGCAAUUGAUUACUAUACAUCCGAGAUUGAAAGACUAUCAAAAGAAAUUUCCUUGGAGAGAGAUAAGAUAGUGAAUAAUCCGAAGGCUAUCAUGCCAGCAGCAUUUGUUUCCUUUCAAACUCGAUGGGGGGCUGCUGUUUGUGCACAAACUCAACAAUCUAGAAAUCCAACUAUAUGGUUAACUGAGUGGGCUCCGGAGCCCCGAGAUAUAUACUGGGAUAACCUGGCAAUUCCAUUUGUCUCACUUGCAGUGAGAAGGCUUAUUGUCGCAGUUGCAUUUUUCUUCCUUACCUUCUUUUUCAUGAUUCCCAUUGCAUUUGUGCAGUCUCUUGCAAACAUUGAGGGAAUUGAGAAAGCAGUGCCUUUUCUGAAACCCAUAAUCGAAAUGAAAGCCAUAAAGUCAUUCAUUCAAGGUUUCCUUCCGGGAAUUGCUUUGAAGAUAUUUCUUAUAUUUCUACCUUCAAUAUUGAUGUUAAUGUCUAAAUUUGAAGGAUUCAUCAGCCUGUCAGGGCUAGAGAGAAGAUCUGCAACUAGAUACUAUAUUUUCCAAUUUAUUAAUGUAUUUCUUGGGAGCAUAAUCACUGGAACUGCAUUUCAACAGCUAAAUAAUUUUAUCCACCAGUCUGCAAACAACAUACCAAAGACUAUUGGUGCCUCAAUUCCCAUGAAAGCAACGUUCUUCAUAACUUAUAUUAUGGUUGACGGGUGGGCUGGAGUUGCUGGGGAAAUACUAAGAUUGAAACCCUUAAUAAUCUAUCACUUGAAAAACUUUUUCUUGGUGAAGACUGAAAAGGAUAGAGAAGAGGCAAUGGAUCCAGGAACCAUUGGCUUCAACACAGGCGAACCACAAAUACAACUUUAUUUCUUACUUGGCCUUGUUUAUGCAGUGGUUGCUCCCAUCUUACUUCCAUUCAUCAUAGUAUUCUUUGGCUUGGCAUAUGUUGUUUAUCGUCAUCAGAUUAUAAACGUUUACAAUCAAGAGUACGAGAGUGCUGCAGCAUUCUGGCCUGAUGUCCAUGGACGUAUUAUAGUUGCACUGGUCGUCUCACAACUGCUACUGAUGGGAUUGUUAAGCACAAAACAUGCUGCUCAGUCAACUCCAUUGCUCGUUACACUUCCAGUAUUGACAAUAUGGUUCCAUAGGUUCUGCAAAGGACGUUAUGAACCUGCUUUCAUUAGAUAUCCACUACAGGAAGCCAUGAUGAAGGACACAUUAGAACGUGCAAGGGAGCCCAACCUGAACUUGAAAAGCUUCCUUCAGAAUGCAUAUAUCCACCCAGUCUUCAAAGGUGGAGAUGACAGUGACUACGACGAAGCUACAGAAGAGGGGGAGAAAGAACCUGCGUUGGUCCUAACGAAGCGCCAGUCUCGAAGGAACACACCAUUGGCUAGUAAACGUAGCCGUUCAUUUUCAUCCCUACUGCCUGAAGAUCAGGAACUUUAACAAUUUUGAAACUGUUUUUUCUUGGCCUUUUUCCCUGCCUGUAAAUGUCAUUAACUGGUUGGAGUCUUUCAAGUUGUAAAUGAGAUGAGUCUGAGCAAAGAUGGGAAAAACUGGGGUUGAAUGUAGUGGAUAUAUAGCUUUCUGGAUUGGAAUAAUCAUACAUAGCUUUGUAAAAAAGAAGAGCAGCAUGAACUUUCAUAAGCCAAACUUGUAGGAUGGCUAGCAAUUCAAUAAAAGUAAAUAAUUAUUUUAUGUUGAACAA